AUGAACCGGCCCAUCCAGGUGAAGCCGGCGGACAGUGAGAGCCGAGGAGAGGACCGGAAGCUCUUUGUGGGGAUGCUGAGCAAGCAGCAGGCGGACGAGGACGUGCGCAAGAUGUUCGAGCCCUUCGGCACCAUCGACGAGUGCACGGUGCUGCGCGGCCCCGACGGCACCAGCAAAGGCUGCGCCUUCGUCAAGUUCCAGAGCCACGCGGAGGCCCAGGCCGCCAUCGCUGCCCUGCACGGGAGCCGCACGCUGCCGGGCGCCUCGUCCAGCCUGGUGGUGAAGUUUGCGGACACAGAGAAGGAGCGGGGGCUGCGGCGCAUGCAGCAGGUGGCCAGCCAGCUGGGCAUGUUCAGCCCCAUCGCCCUCCAGUUCGGCGCCUACAGCGCCUACACGCAGGCGCUGAUGCAGCAGCAGGCGGCCCUGGUGGCCGCGCACUCGGCCUACCUCAGCCCCAUGGCCACCAUGGCCGUCCAGAUGCAGCACAUGGGCACGGUCAACCCCAACGGGCUCAUCGCCACCCCCCUGCCACCCUCCUCAGGAACCAGCACCCCCCCGGCCAUGGCGGCCACCCCCGUCCCGGCCAUCGCGGCCCCGCUGAGCGUCAACGGCUACAGCCCCGUGCCCGCGCAGCCCGCGGGACCCCCCGCCCCCGACGCCGUCUACGCCGGGGGGGUCCCCCCCUUCCCAGCCCAGAGCCCCGCGGCCCCCGGGGACCCCCUGCAGCAGGCGUACGCUGGCAUGCAGCACUACACUGCCGCGUACCCGGCCGCCUACGGGCUGGUGAGCCCGGCCUUCGCCCCCCCGGGACCCCUGCUCGCCCCCCCGCCCCCCCCGCAGCAGCAGCAGCGUGAAGGCCCCGAGGGCUGUAACAUCUUCAUCUACCACCUGCCCCAGGAGUUCGCCGACACCGAGAUCCUGCAGAUGUUCCUCCCCUUCGGCAACGUCAUCUCCGCCAAGGUCUUCGUGGACAGGGCCACCAACCAGAGCAAGUGCUUCGGCUUCGUGAGCUUUGACAACCCCGCGAGCGCCCAGGCCGCCAUCCAGGCCAUGAACGGCUUCCAGAUCGGGAUGAAGCGGCUCAAGGUGCAGCUCAAGAGGCCCAAAGACGCCAACCGGCCCUACUGAGCCUGGUCCGGAGGCUCCGGAGCAGCACCUUUGGGUGCCCCCCCCAUUGCAGAGCAGCCCCCCCCAAACCCAGCGGUGCCCGGAGGGGGGGGGGGCUCGGUCCUGCUGGGGGGGGGCCCAGACCCCCCCACGCUCAGGAAGGAUGGACCCCCCCUCCAGGCCCCCCCCGACCCCCCCAGUCCAUCCCAGUCCAUCCCAGUCCAGCCCAGUGCAGGGUGCCAGUGCCCCCCCCAACAGCAGCCGCAUCCACUCCGGUUUUGGGGGGGGUCGUGCCCACCCUGGGGGGACCCCAAAAGGACCCCCCUCAUUCUGCCCCCCCCCGGGGGACCCUUCUUGGGGCUUUUCUCACCAAACAGGACCAAAAGCAGCUCCAAACUGG